AUGGUGUGGCGGGAGACGUCCUCAGCAUGCUGGCAGUUAGGAACUGGAUGGCGUCAGUUAAAGGAGGCCAAGACCUGUAAUCCUUGAAUGGUUGGAACAAAUACAUUAUUUUACUGGUAUAUAAAAUCUCUGGUGAGGAAAAUUUUCCACCAAGUAAAAUACAUUAAAUUGAUGGAGGUGAUAGGGGCAAUCCACAACUCAGGCUCAGUAUCCAGGGCGCCUUUUAAUCAGCCCAGUAUAGUCAGUAUUUAUUCAGCCUUCGGGCAACAUUGUACAGUCAGUAUUCAGUGUCAUUUGCCAGUCUUUACAGUCAAUAUGUCAUUUUCUAUCCAGUCCCAUCAGAUCACAGCUCUGGUUUUCAUCAACCAGAGGAUUGUUAGGAGAGUGUUGAAAAAAAUGACUAUCAUAGUUGAUCAACUGAGUAUAUUAGUUUAUCUAUUUUUCAAUAUCAAUAAACAGUAG